AUGGCGCCAGCACCAGGAAGCACUUUCACCGUGCGAGAACCAAAGGCAACGAACACCGAUCCAGGAGGGCCUGAAGAGCUCUGGUUGUCCAGUGAUCCGGGACGUAACGUCAGCUCUAUGGAGUCUUGUGGCAGCGAUCAAGCCUUCAACUACUUCGUUCGCGUUCGAGGCAACCCCUCCAAUCACGAAACCAAGAGCACCCACACUGAUUCCCGCAGCAAGGCUCGAGCUCUCCUUGAUCAUGUCACCAUUGUUUCGUCUGGUCUGGAGGAAGAUUCGAAGCCAAGCAUCUGGACCAGGUCUUGCCACCUUCUGGACGGGCUGUCCCAAAUCAUAAAUGCCUAUCUGGUCGACGAUCCUGGGCGAGCACGGAUCGUUCGAGAGGACCUCGUUGCGCCGCCGAAGCUGGCAGUCCCGAUUCUAGUGGAUCGAGGAACGCAGGAGGUGCCGUUCAAUUGGCAGUAUGAGCGGCGCACGCUCUAUCUGACUGAGACACUCGUCCAGCUCGGUCAAGAUGCCUGUCGCUGGAAGGAAAGUGAAGCCGAGAAGACAGGAUUGCCUUUCGUUUCACCACUGCCCACGUCGUUGGACAGUGAGAUACACAUCGUCUCUUCCCCUCGUGCAGACGCAUCCAGAACUCAAGCACGUUUCAAGAUCGCCCAAGCUGCUGAUGACGCUGAGGCGGACUUUUAUGUGACUUUGGGGUCUCGAGUCCUCGCGACGAUGGAAAGCAAGCCCUAUUGUAGCGCUCGAAACAUCGGGACUCUCGUGCGGGCCCGUUGCAACCCGUUCAAACAGCAAGAAGCAGGGGAAGUGUACACCGAUAGCGAUACUUUGGAGCUACUGCUUCAGCUUGGCUCUCAACCUCUGGCGGCAGAGUGCCGUCAAGGAAUCUUAGUUGCUGAUUGGGGUCGCCUGCUGCUCCCUUACCAGCUUGAAAACGGCGAUAGGGGCGAUGGAGAACUGCGACUGGUCUUCUCAUCGACAGGAUCCUACUGCGACGUCCGCGAGGGUCACCAGGCUUGUGAAAGGGCAACCGCCGAGAGUAGGGCUGAGCUUUCUGGGCAAGACUCCCCGGUCUUUUCUUUCCAACAAUUUCCGAACACAGUCUUCUUCCUGCUGGGCUGGAUCUUGCAAGCCAUUGAAGAUCUGAAGAAAGAUGCUAAGAGCGUGCAAGAGCCUGAGGACUCGAAGGCGAAGUCUACUCAGCCUUCAGAAGAUGACCGAAAAAGUGCGAGGUUCGCAGAGUCCAGCAGGGGCGCGGCUGACAGCGGCACCGAGGUUCUCCCAUUCCUCAACUCCUACAUCUGUACCUCAGGACCAAUUCUCGGCGGAACAUUUGCUGCCGUCCAUCUCUGUGUGAUCGAUUGCGACUAUCUCGAGGGCCGUAAGACGCUGAGCCCUCGGGAACAGUUCAAAGGUCGACCCGCAUUUGGUGUUGUACCCGACUUGGGCCCCAACUACUGUCACGCAUAUAUGAAGGUGCAGAGGGUUCCUUCUACGCCCGAGCCCGAAUCCCUACCCGAAGCAAGGUUUGAGGGGCCUGACGAUCCACCCGGUGCUCUCAUCCCGCGGCUCUUCGGGCUGGUCCCUUCCGACGAGUACCCUCGGUCAAGCGCAGAUAAGCUCAUGCUGCAGUGUUUGCGCGCUGAGCCGAUCUGGAGCCUGCUUGAGGAGUGGAGAGAUUUGUGGGGCCGCGAAAUCUAUCAUGCGGUUGAAGCAGCGUUUGCAGAGCUUCACGCUCGACGAGUCUGCCAUGGGGACGUUAGUGUCUCCAACAUCCUCGUUGAGUGGAGACGGGUUGCCUCGACUGGCUCAGGGGCUACGAUAGCAGAGACGGUCGAGGACUGGGAAUUGGGCGGAUUGAUUGGUGAGGCACAAAGACAGAUGCGACUGAGUGGAAAGGCCUAUGCUGCCGCUGCGCGCCAGCUAUCAGAGCUCGACGGGACGCAAGGCGACUCUGGGCUUGCCCUAGAAGUGAACGACUCUCCGCUGAGCCGCCUGAAGGCUGAGAUCAAGCCUCAUGUUUGGCUCGUAGACUUUGCCGACGCUGUCAUUGUCGAAGAUGGAGAAGCAGGCAACUCGGUCCUCACCUCUGAAGCUCAAAAAGUCACACAAAUGAUGGAGCGGUGGGCCAGCGAUCGCCGAAUUGGGGGAUGA